AUGCAGAACCAUUACCGCAGUGACCAUGGAUGGACGAAUCCCCGAGGCAGGGGCGGAAGUGUCCAGCAGCGAGCCAUGGAGACACAGCAGGUCCCGUGGCGUAGCGGUGUCCAGUGUCAACGUUUUUUCAGCAAUGGGCCGGGCAGCCGUUGGUUCGAGGUCGGGUUCGGUGCACCGAUCAGCCAGGACCCGGACGAGGCAGCCGUUGCAGACCGUUUAAUGCAAACAUUAGACCAGCAGGAGCGCCGGUUUCAUUUGGAGGACAAAGAACGGAUCAAGGCCGCCGAUUCCAAGUUGGACGCCAACGCGUGGUUAGAGCACGUCGGAUGGGCCACCCAUUUGCAGGGGUUCGAUCCGGAAGCCAUGCAGCGGUUGGUCGACCCAGUGGGCGAGCAGGAGCAUGAGUUGCAGUUGAUCCAUGACAGCUUAGUGCGAGUGAUGGACCGAGCACGCACCAUAGCCACGCCCACCCACGUUGGAAGCCAUGCAUUGUUCGAGGUACAGCGAAAAGAGGUGGACAAAAGCCACGGCGACCGUUCGACAACCGGUCGAGGACGAUACGUGGACGCGUUACACGGCCGUGUGGACCAAGUUGGUGUGUUACAUAUACCGUGCCGAGAAAAAUGCCAGAUGCAAGAUAGGCCCAAGUUUCGGUUAUCCAAGCGGCAAGGCGAUUUCAUGGAUGAUUUGGCGGAUUUAGUCGAGGCGCACGUUAACGAUCCGGAGGCACAGCCAUUGGACGAGGACCGAGUGGACGGGUUGACAUUGCAGGUCGUCAUAGCGUUGUUGGACCACCGUUUGACCGCGGGGGAGUACCGCAGCGCCAUCAUCAGCGGUUUAGCCGUGAUGGGUAUCCGAAAGGACGGCGGUUGGAUGGAUGUGUUGGAUUAUACGCCCAUAUAUUCCGCCGUCAUCAAGGUCGCCCGUGCCAUGGUCGUGUACCAGUCAUACCAGGAGAGGCAGGCCGAGGGUGAUGCGUUUGAAGCAGGAUAA